AUGAUUAGAACGAUAAAACCCAAAACAGCCCGUUCCAAAAGGGAAUUAGCCAAAAAAGAAGCAAAAUUAGUUGAAAAUACAAAAUCAGCAUUAUUUGUACCAGGAUCAACAGGUAAUAAAAUUUUACAUGAUAUAAUGUGUGAUUUAAUGGCUAUCAAAAAACCAUUUGCCAAAAAGUUUUCCAAGAAAAAUCAAAUAAGACCAUUUGAAGACUCUUCAGAUUUAGAAUUUUUUGCAGAAAGAAAUGAUUCUUCAUUAAUGGUAUUUUCUUCACAUAAUAAAAAAAGACCAAAUACUUUAAUAUUUACAAGAUUUUUUAAUCACAAAGUAUAUGAUAUGAUUGAAUUAAUGAUUAUAAAUCAUAAAUUAAUACAAGAUUUUAAAAAAUUAACUUUCACAAUUGGAUUAAAACCUAUGUUUGUAUUUAAUGGUCCAGCAUUUGAUAAUCAUCCAAUUUAUCAACAAAUAAAAUCUUUAUUCUUGGAUUUUUAUAGAGGAGAAGAAACAGAUUUACAAGAUGUAGCAGGGUUACAAUAUAUAAUAUCAUUAACAACAGGAGAAAUAGAAGAUUUAAAUAAUGAUAAAAAUUUACCUCCCAUAAAUUUUAGAGUUUAUAAAUUAAAAACUUUUAAAUCAGGUCAAAAAUUACCAAGAGUUGAAAUUGAUGAAAUUGGGCCCAGAUUAGAUUUUAAAAUUGGUAGAAGAAUAACUCCUGCACCAGAAAUUGAAAAAGAAGCUCAUAGAAAACCAAAACAAUUAGAACCAAAACAAAAGAAAAAUAUUACAACUGAUUUUAUGGGUGAUAAAGUUGCUCAAGUUCAUGUUGGUAAGCAAGAUUUAAGUAAAUUACAAACUAGAAAAAUGAAAGGUUUAAAAGAAAAAUAUGAUCAAAUUAGUGAUGAUGAUGAAGAAGAUGAAGUUGAAGGUGAAGAUGAUGUCUAUGUCUCUGAUGAAGAAUAUUUUGCUGAUGAAGUAGAUGAACCACAAACUAAAAAACAAAGAAGGUAA